AAACAUGCAAGUGUCUCAAAUAUGGAAAAACUAAGAAAUCUGAUCUUAUGUGCAGUCUCCCUCCCCAUUGUGUGCACUUUCAAUGUUCAUAUAAUAAUAGCUGAAUGUGGAUUUAAGGCAGUUCACAGAUGAACAGUAGAGAGCAGCAAACCUCCAACUCUGCAUCCAGUCUGAAGGAUGAGGCAGAUGGGCUGAAGCAGAAAAACUGCGAUUGAACAGUGGAAACUGUGUCCAGUUAGACAAGAGUACAAGUGCUCACAGCACCCUAACGCACGAAGAAGAAGCAGCUCUUCAGAUGUUACUGCUACUGCCGACGAAGAUGAACAUGUCCAGAAGAGCCGUGCUGGGUUUGAUUCUCCUUUGUCUGUCACCAUCAUCAUCUUCUGGAGACUCCACAACCCUCAAAAUCUUUCCUGGAGAUAAUGUCAUUCUGCCAUGUCACAUUCCAAAUGAUAUAUCAAUUGGAGCUGUGAUGUGGACCAGGUCUUACUUGGAUUCAAAAUAUGUAUUUUUUUACCAGAGCAAUGCAUCUGAUCCAGACACUCAGACGUCACCUUCUCUGAGUCGCAUACAUCUGCUGUAUACAGACAUGUGGAAUGGUGAAUUGUCUUUGUCUAUAGUGGAGGCGACAUUUGAUGAGAUUGGAAUGUAUGAGUGUCAUGUCGCCCAGACAGGAACAAACAACUCUAAGGCGGCCAUUUUGAAGACCAAGCCAAUCAACACUGUCAAUCUGACAAUGGAACCAAUGAAAAUCUUCGUUGCACCUGGAGAAAUUGCCAUUCUGCCAUGCGAGGUUCCAAAUAAGGAAUCCAUUGGAGCUGUGAUGUGGACCAGAUGUGACUUGAAUCCAGAAAAAGAACUUUUUUACCAGAGCAAUGCAUCUGAUCCAAGCACUCAGCCACCACAUUAUGCGAACCGUGUACGUCUCAUGUAUACAGACAUGCAAAAUGGGAAAUUGACAUUGUUUCUGUAUGGCACAACAUUUGCUGAUGAUGGAACGUACGAGUGUCAUGUCACCCAGGUAGGAACAAACAACUCUAAGGCAGCCAUUUUGAAGACUACGCCAAUCAAAAUCAUCAAGCUGACAAUGGUACCAGUACCAGAAGGGUUUGAGAUUGACCAGAGAUUGGAAGCGUGUGAUCCAUCUACAUUUUUUCAGCCACUUGUUUUUGCUAUGGGAGCUACUGUUGUCAUCAUAGGUAUUUUGAAAUAUUGUGUUGGCUGGCAUAAGGCAGCUCCAUGCAUAGCCAACCUGCUUAUUAAAGAAUAAUUUUUUUCUUUAACCUUUUUGAACUUCUUCAGUGUUAGGUUUAGUUAUUAAUGUAUUCCUGUUCAUGUAAUAUUGUUUAAGAGUUUGUUAAAAUUAACUGUAAUGAGCCCAGGUGGUAUGUUGUAUGUUUUGUGAGGGUUUUUUUGGUCAAACAUUGAGGGUUGGCUGUGAUGUAGGAUUUAGAAUGGUGGCAAAGAAAGACAGUAGGCUGAGCUGAAGGUGAGAGAGUUGGAGAUGUUAAGAUUUUGACUAUGAGUGACCAGAAUGGAAAAAAAAUAGAAAUUAGUACAUCAGAGGAACAGGUAAGGCUGAGCAGUUUAGAGACCAAAAAAAAAAAAAAAAGCAAAGUGGA